GUGUUUCCUCCCGGAAGCUGAGCUCGGGUCCAGAAUGGCUUCGAUGUUUACUUGUUGUUUUGGAUGCUGCGGAGAAGGAGGAUCGGGGCAUAUUCCCCUCAAAGAGAUGCCCACGGUCCAGUUGGACACUCAUCACAUGGGAACUGAUGUCGUCAUUGUAAAGAGCGGUAGAAGAAUAUGUGGCACAGGAGGCUGCCUCGCUAACGCUCCCUUACACCAAAACAAAAGUUAUUUUGAGUUUAAAAUCCAAUCCACAGGUGUGUGGGGAGUUGGUGUGGCCACUCAGAAAGUGAAUCUUAACCAAGUGCCUUUGGGCAGAGACACAAACAGCCUGGUCCUGAGGCAUGAUGGGUCUGUCUAUCACAAUAAUGAAGAGAAAAAUCGCCUGCCUGCAAACAGCCUUCCCCAGGAAGGUGAUGUCAUCGGCAUCACAUACGACCACGUGGAGAUGAAUUUAUAUCUGAAUGGAAAGCAUAUGCAUUGUCCGGCCUCAGGGAUCCGUGGCACAGUCUACCCUGUUGUUUAUGUGGACGACAGCGCCAUCUUAGACUGUCAGUUUAGCGACUUCUACCACACAGCUCCUCAAGGCUUUGAGAAGAUCCUCUUUGAGCAGCAAAUCUUCUGAAGGAGCGCCUCGGCCUCCACGCGUGUUCAAGCCCACCUCUGAAUUUCACUGCGACCUCUGUGACACUAAAGUGACUUUCAACCAAUCGAUUCGUGUGACUCUAGUGCAUCUCUUCAUUUCUUUUUUUUUUCUCACCUCCGUGUCUGUUGUUAAAGCUGCUCUGGGUUUUUGUUGGUAAAUCAUUGAGGAAGUGAUGGUUGCUAUGGAGGCCUGUGCUGAUAGAAACCUGUAAAACGAUGGCCUUGUUUCAGGGGGAACCAAACUGUUCACCAAACUACUGUCAGCUGCUUUCAUCCAUCAGUGUGUGGAUGCCAAUCAAAAUCUGUUUCUUCUCAUCAUUCAGCGUCACUUUCAUGUUGUAUCACCCCUUUAUUAACAUACUGUUAUUUCCUUAUUUAUUUUGAGUCCAUAUCAAAGGAAAACACUCAUUUUGAUAUGCUUUUGUUGUGUAUUUAUCUGGCUGUUUUAAUACAAAUACGGUCACCUGCAUUUUUCUGCCUUGUUAGUAUUUUAGUUCAUAGGAUGAAAUGUAAGACUGACGCCAGCAAAUCCAUCCACCUUCUGAAAGUGCAGAGAUAGCAUUUACAAAGUCAAAUACUCCUUAAACAUGUAUAAAAACUACCUGUUAAUCCACAGUUCUGGCAGUUAAUCAUUUCUUUCUUCAUCUGUCAGCAUUUUAUCACACUGUCCGAUUGGAAGUAUAUAUAUUACUGUCAGCCUGUCGUGUUUUGUUGACUGUAUAUCUGCUUCUGAAGGGUGAAAAUAUUUAAACUGCUUCUCUUUUUUGUUUGCACUACUGAUGAUCCUGUUUAAAUCCAGUUCUUGUUGAAUUAUUAAUAAAUACUUGUAUGAAGGCA